AGAUACCACAUACCAGCAAUUUACAAAUACUAGUUCAGUUGAGUAACAAACAGCAGCGAGAGCUGCUCACGAAUUUAUCCUCUCGUCGCCACUUGACAUCAAAACUCUGUGAAGAUGACGUUCCUGCGGGCUCUGCUGCUCCUGGGGGGAGUGUUAAUCCUGCAAACCCAGGGCACAAGUGCCUUGAGAGUUCUAGGGGUUUUUCCUCUCCCAGGAAAGAGUCACUUCAUCCUGGCGGAGAACCUCCUGAAGGAAAUGGCAAGACGUGGACACAGUGUCGACAUGGUCUCCCAUUUCCCCACAAAAAACCCCAUCCCGAAUUACCGGGAUAUCAGCCUCCGGGGAUCUUUGCCGAUUGCUGUGAAUAAUAUAUCCUUCGAGGAAACCAGGACGUUCAGUGGUUUCUCCAUGGCCUUCUUCGUCAGGCACACUGGAACUCAAAUUUGCGAACUCCUUGGAACCCCUUACCUGGAGGAACUCCUCAGGACCCCCAAAGGAACGUACGAUGUUAUCAUUGUCGAAUUAUUCACAGCUCAAUGUUACAUCGCCCUAGGAAAACACUUGGAUGCCCCAGUGGUGGGUCUUGUGGCGUCAAAAAUGCACGACUGGUUGUUCGAUCCAUUUGCAAAUCCCCUGAACCCUUCCUACAUGCCGAGCCUAUUCUCAAGUUUCUCCCAGCGGAUGACCUUUUGGGAGAGACUGACAAACACAUUCGUAAUGAACGUAAUCGGCCUCCAGAUCAAUUAUUACUUGAACGAGCAAAUCGAGUACGUGGAGAAGAACUUCAACCGGCGAAUAUCGUCCAUCAACGAUCUCUAUAAUGAUGUAUCUCUCCUCCUCGUCAACGAGCACUUCAGCAUCAAUGAGAUUAAACCGGCAACACCUGAUGUCAUCGACGUGGGGGGCCUUCAUGUCCAUGACGAUGACCAGAUGGUCACGCCGGAAUUGGAAAAAUGGCUGGAUGCGAGUACCGAGGGCUGUGUGUACUUCACAUUCGGUUCGAUGAUCAGAAUCGAGACGCUCCCACCAGAGAAAUUGAAAAUCCUGUACGAGACUUUCGAGAAGAUCGCGCCGGUCCGAGUAUUAAUGAAAAUAGCAGACCCCAAGAUUCUGCCCAAGGGUCUGCCCAAAAAUGUCAUGACGUCCUCGUGGAUGCCGCAAGUCGCCGUCCUGAAGCACAAGAAUGUUCGCGCCUUCAUCACUCAUGGGGGUCUUCUGGGUACCCAGGAGGCGCUGGCUCACAAAGUCCCGAUGAUUGGGAUUCCCCUGUUUGGAGAUCAGCACACGAACAUUCGGACUUACCAGAACAAAAAUAUAGCGAUUGCUUUAAGUAUUGACACCCUUUCUGUGGACGGUCUCACUAAUGCUAUCAUUGCAGUACUGAACGAUCCGAAGUACAGAAAAAAUAUCGCUCACAUUUCGGAUUUGUUCCUGAGCCGACCCAUGAGUGCUCUGGACACAGCAGUUUACUGGGUAGAAUACACAGCAAGACACGGAACAGUCAUGAAAUCACCAGCAACUGAGUUAUCCUGGUGGCAACUAUAUCUCCUGGAUGUUUACGGAUUUAUAAUCACAUGUGCACUAAUUAUUCUGUACGUUCUAAAGAAAAUAGUAACAACUGUGUGGAGCUGCUGCAAAAGAAAUCAAACCCCCAUUUCCAAAUCCAAGAAGAAUAGAUGAGAACACCCGUAAUAAUUAUAAAUAAUUACACCAGGCGCUUUAGUAAUUAUUUUUUUUAUGUUUUAUGAAUCAGAAAUAGAUUUUUAUUAUGGAAUUAAAAGGAUGGUUUAUAUUGUUAAAUUAACAGGUGGAUGAAUGAAUAAUGAAUAAUAAGAUUAUUAAAAAUAA